AUGGCGUUUGAAGGCUUUGAUCCUAUCUUUAGUAAACCCAAAGUGGAAUGGGCUUCUCAAAGUUCUUGUCCCUUUUUCGUACAUGUGUAUGCCCCUGAUUCUUCUCACCUCGUAAUUCAUGUCACUAAUAUAUGUGAUGCCUGGGAAGCCCGUCUUUCACUUUCCAUGCUUGAGGACAUUAGGGAUAGUGUUGGAAUUGGGGGGUAUUGGUCAGAGUUUGCCGAUUAUUUUAUAACAUCCCUCAAGUCACAAGAUCUGAAGCUGGUUCUAGAGACAGAUUCAAAUUCUGAUGUGUAUGGCAUUAAACUUUGUGAAGAUUGUUUUGGUGACUUAUUGAAAAUCAUGAUGUCACAUGUGGUUAAAUGUUGUCAUGGAGUUAAUUGCAAAGUCGUUGACUAUGGAGUGGACAACCUAAGGGGAAAGAAACCAAAAAGUUGUGGCAUGUAUGUGGUGAAACUCUGGUUGUUUGUUGUCCUGCUAAUGCUGCAGUAUGUGAAAUGGGGUUGCUGUCUUGCUAUUUUGGAUUAUCUUUUGUCCUGCUUCAGUGUUAGUCAUGCAAAAUUAGUAGCUCAGAAAUCAAAAGGGAUGCCUUUGAUCACUAUUCCUCUUACCAAACUUGCAGACUCCACUGCUAUGGAAGUCAAGUUAAAUUUUUGCUCGAGCCUCUUCGAUGCAUUCAAAAUCAAAAGCAUGGAGUGUUCUCUUGUAAAAGAGCGAGAGCACUCUGCCCGGUCAAAAAUGUUAGCAGCUGAAAAGGAAAGAAAUGAAAUGAUUCAGUUGGAACAGCGGCAAAAGUUUCAAAAGAUUAGUGACUUAGAGAAUGGUGUUUCUUCUGAGGGAUUGCAAAACUCUCCAGAUAAACAAGCAGCUAGGGAUGCAGGUUCUACGAAAGUAAAGACUCGUAAGGUGCCAGCAUAUCGCAGGCAAAAGUAA